AUCAGUUGUUUCCACACUGUAGGGAAUUCAAUGAUUCUAUGAACAUCAGUGAAUUCUGUCUAACAUUGCUUUAAACUAUGAAUGUUAUGAAUACUAAAGUGGAAGAUGAGGAGACAAUAAUAAGAAGAAUCUGAGUUGGCUUUGACUGCACCUUGCAUCCCCUGAGGUCCAAACAUUGUCACCAGCAUAGGUCAUCUCUUCCUUGCUUCAUUAGCUAGGUUUGGCACUAAUAAUUUGACACAUUGGCCUAGAUUUUCCAAUGGGCAAAUAAUUGCUCCUGAAGUGUAGACGAGAGUUGGAGUUGGAAAUCCUGCACAAACCCCAAUGAAGCAGACAUCAAAAGAAUUGCCUUUGAAAUUCCCUAUACCUGGAGACUUGAAACAAUAUCCACUUCAAUCUGAAAGUUUGGACAGUUCAGCUGCAUUUAAGAUCAUUGCUCUUUGCAGGGAAGCAGCCCUCUUAGCUUUGCAAGAAGAUCUUGAGGCCAAGAUAAUUAAGAAAAGACAUUUUGAUCAGUCAUUUGAAAUUGUCACUCCAAGAAUUCCUAAGAAGCUUAUGGACUUCUAUGCUAGUUAUCAGCAGCGAAGUGGACUUCAUAUGCUGUAAGAAUAAAAUGAGGUUUAUUCAUUGAAGAUAUCAAGCUUGUUAUGAAGAGGAAUUAAGUAAUAAUUCUGCAAUAUCCAUGUGUUAAUUUCAAUAAAUAAAGAUUUAUAUUUCAAAUCAA